AUGUCCCAGGUCUACUUUGAUGUCUCCGCCAACGGCGACAAGCUCGGCAGAAUCACCUUCAAGUUGUACAACGACGUUGUGCCAAAGACCGCCGAGAACUUCAGAGCUUUGUGCACUGGUGAGCAGGGUUUCGGUUACGCCCAGUCUGCUUUCCACAGAGUGAUCCCUCAGUUCAUGUUGCAGGGUGGUGACUUCACCAGAGGUAACGGUACCGGUGGUAAGUCUAUCUACGGUGAGAAGUUCGCUGACGAGAACUUCUCCAAGAAGCACGACAGACCAGGUUUGUUGUCCAUGGCCAACGCUGGUCCAAACACCAACGGCUCCCAGUUCUUCGUUACCACCGUUCCAUGCCCAUGGUUGGACGGUAAGCACGUUGUCUUCGGUGAGGUCACCGACGGUUUCGACGUUGUCAAGAAGGUUGAGAGCUACGGUUCCAACUCUGGUGCCACCUCCGCCAAGGUCACCAUUGACGCUUCCGGUGAGUUGUAA